CAGAAAGAACAGCACCUCCCUUGCCCAGAAAUGGUCUGCAAAACGGAUGUGAAGAAACAAAAGCAUUGCAUCACAGUCCAGGCACAGAGGAGGAACUGCUCUCUUCAGACUGCUACACUAGUCACUCCAGGCAUUUUAGGACAUCAAGUUGCUUGCCAGGUAAACAGUUCCUUUCCUCCUGUGUUAACUAAGGUUUCCGGAUUGUCAGCUCAUCUGGCUACUGAGCAAUGGCUGUGAAUAAUACCAACAACACAAUAAACAAUAACAUCAUCGGUUUCCGUGCCUCCCUGCUGGUCAUCUACACUGUGACAAUGUUGGGCGGGACCCUGGGGAUCUUCUUCAUGGUCAGAUUCCUGAGGCGCAGCAAGAACAAGCUCUCCAUCACGACUACCUCCAUCAUCAACCUGGUGUUGUCCCAUGGCUUCUUCCUGCUCACUGUGCCAUUCCGCAUCGACUACUAUGCCAGCAACACCUGGCGCUAUGCUUUCGCGUUCUGCAAGCUGGUGAGCAUCUCCAUCCACACCCAUCUCUACAUCUCCUUCUUCUUCUACGUGGCCAUCCUAGUGGUGCGCCUCCUGCCUUUCCUGCCUACCCGGGACUUUUACCGCCCUCUGACUGCAUUCGUCGGCAGUGCGGCGGUCUGGUUUGUCUUCACCAUCACCAUCUUUCCACCUCUCUGGUUGGAGUAUGGAAAAACAGAAAGGUAUAACAAAACCAAGUGCUUCGAGUUCCAGGCCGAGAUCAAGAAUCACGUGGCGCUCAACAUCACCAUAUCUACCGUGGUGAUAUUUAUCUCUACAGUCAUGGUAGUGAUCCAAGUGGUGUUUCUGACCCGGGUGGUCCGGUCUAACCCAGGCAACCUGUUCUCCCAGCAGGAGUUCCGGGCCCAGCUUAAAAAUCUGACCUUCCUCACCUUCAUGGUUGUGUGCUUCCUACCGUACCAUGUCUACCGAAUCUACUAUGUGCUACACGUCAGUGGUAACAACUCCUGGCACAAUGAGAUCUACCUGUCACUCACAACACUAUGCUGUCUGGACCUGCUCACUUUCUUGGCCAUUUGAGGGGCAGUGGAUGUGAUGCCCUUGUCAUACCUGCCUUUCAAAUGGAUUAUGGUCCAUCAUGCCUAUGGUCAUGUAAACUAAAAAUGGCAGACUUGCAACUCAGACUUGUGUAAGGAAUAAAGCCAUGGACUUGGACAGACAUUAAAGGUAUAAUAGGUCAAUUCGGACAUCAACUGGUCAAGAGACGAAUAGACGAAUAGCAGAAACAAACACCCUCAAAUCACAACACUGUUUAUCCCUCCCCCAUCACAUUGGCUGUGGCAAUUAGAACCAACUUUCAACCAAUGACCUCAAAUUAUUGUAUAGCUGUACAAUGUUUUGGUACAGAGUGUUGGUCCGUCAACUGCAUAUUUUGAAACAGAGGGUGAGUCAACAUGUCAGUAAGCCUUUGAUAGGAAGGGAUUUACAAUGGUCUUGUAACAAUGUUUUAACAAAAAAGAUUUUACGUUUAAGGGCUCUAUUGUCCAGCAGGCGCUUUGCAUGCUGCAUGUUAUGUGCUGUAGCACUGGCCUAGUGGUAUUUUUGUCAUGGAUUUUUUUCAUUUUUUUUUAUGCACCUCUGCAGUUUUUUUUGGGUCAUUUUAUGACUUGUGCACCGCCUCUGCUUGUGGUGUGUCAGUCAAGAGUGAGCAGUGCAUUGUUAUUGAUGUGGCCUAUUGCAAUUUUCCAGGCAGAUAAGCCUGCCUUUAGCCCCUUCGCCAUUCUCCAGCUCAAUCCAGCUCUAAGGCAGAAUUCACAGCCCAGUUUAUGGCUCAUUAUCAAUUUAUCAGCUAAUCAAACGUCUGGAUCAUUUCCAGCCCAGUUUGAUAUAUAUAUAUAUAUAUAUAUAUAUAUAUAU